UCACUUCGACGCGUCUUUAGCGGCAGGCACUUGUAAUAUUCAUUCAAAUAUAAUCCGAAAAUUACGAAAAUAUAAUAUUUACAAUGGUUUUGAUUUAAUAACUUAAUAUAAUAAAGAGUUUGUUAGUUUUUGGAAAUGUGGCAUUUUGUUAUAUUUCUGGUGUUUUUCACUUUCACUGUACUGACUCACGUGCUUCCUGGGCCUGCAAAUCCUUAUCAGCACGGCCCUCAUUACACUAUAAGUAACGACCAUAGGCAGCCUUACAUAGAGGUGCGGAAUGCUACAUAUCAUGGCAGUGGACCUCGGGAAGAGGCGCGAGCCAUGUGUUCUGUCAAAACACAAGAAGUUAACGCCACUGCAAAUGCCACGAUAACGAGAAGGCUACACGGUGUUGUUACAUCAAGAGAGCUACACAACGCAGUGCAGCGGCUAGAAGUAAUUAUUUUUGGUCAAAUGCAACAGUUGUGGCAAAGUUUGGACGCGCUGCGUGCGCAGGUCGCUGGUGAAUCUCGAGUUUCAUAUCCUGACCGUCGAAGCAUCGCAUUUAGAUAUAAACCAUAGUUCUUAGUCAAUAACCAAAGACAUUUUUUUAAUACUUGAUUAAAAGAUAACAACGUAAUAAUAGUUCAGGGAACUCAUUGUAUGUUUGUGUAAUAAAUGAAAUUUGUUUGAGUA